AUGGCCAUGUCGAUGGCAGCGGCAGAGACGGUCGAUGAGGAUGGGCAGCUCUCAGAGCUGAUGAGGCAUGUGCGCGCGGUCGAGGCCAUUGCUGUGGACUUGGCCCGACAGAACCGCAUGCUGCGCCAUCGCUUGGCUCUGCAUGGCGAUGAUGUUUUGGACAAGCACUCACCGCGCGUCAUUGCCAGCCCUGAAGACAUGUUUGACGAGCAAAAGUUGGCUAGUGCCUGCGUGGAUAGCAUUGUCCGUCUCUACGAUGCCCGCAGCGGCCUUAUUCAUCUUUCAUAUCAAGGACACCGCGGUGCUGUCAACGGUGUCGCCUUGCGACGAGCUUCCGCCCUGGAGAGCAGCGCCGCGGCCAUCGGCGUCUCCGCCUCGGGAGAUCACACCGUGCACAUUUGGCGCGUGCCAUCCUCCAUCCUAGACGUGCUCCUGCAAUUCAUCAAGCUUCAUGGUGCUGAUCUCACCGGGGUGCGUGUUUGCGGACUUGACAGAUCCAAGACCUUGACCGAAGCCAACCUGCAUUUCGAACAGCAUGACGUCUCGGAUGCCGUAUCCACCCCGGCCAACCUGGACGCCACCAGCGUGCUUCGCCUUCACACAGGAGCCGUGUCCAGCGUCGAUUUUGCCUCGGAUACAAGUAUCCUCAGCGGCAGCUGGGACUGCACCUCUGCGCUCACAGACAUUGAAACAGGCAAACUCAUUCUCAAACUUGAUCAGAACGACGCUUGUAGUGAGGCGCAAGUCACAUACGUGAAAUGCAACGAGAACGGCCACAUUGCCGCCACCUGUACCCGCGAGAGCUCCACCAACACCCGGCUCUGGGACUUUAGGCAGGGCAGUCUCUCCAUGAUCAAUAUCAUUGACGGCCAUCGUGGAGCAGUCAAUGGCGUGGCCUUUAUGGAUGAUUACAAGCUCGUCACGGGCUCGGACGAUCGCACCAUCAAGGUGUGGGAUCUGCGGCGGCUGCAGCGCGCCGAGGUGACAAUCAACACUUCCGAUGCCGUGAAUCGCUUGUCUGUCAGCCCGAACAACAAGCUGAUUGCCGCUCCCCUCGAAUCACCCUUUGUCAAAAUCUACUCAACGGCGGGUGUCAAGGCCACGCGUCUCCCCUUGCGCAAGGGCCGGCAGCGUCACCGCAAGAUGACGACAUGUACCGUGUGGCUCAGCGACGAGCAAGUCAUUUCCGCCGGCCUUGACGGCGAGAUUUACCAGUGGCGCCUGGCGCGCACCAACGAGCGCGGGCCUUUGAACCAACGGAAGUCGGGACGCAGCGAAAGCGAGCCUUUUGCAUCAGGCGACAACGAUUGA